CUCCCGCCCCCAGGCUGGCGGUGUCUGAAAUGCACGUCCGGCCGGCUGGACGCGGAGGCCUGUGAGACGAGGGGGGCAUGGCCGGGACCACCACCGCUGGCCAAACGCUCGCGCUACAGGCGAGAGGCGUAUUUCGGCCAUCGGCCUCCGCGGCUCCCUUCGGGGGCGGGGUGACUCGCCACUAUUUCUGGCCUCCGGACGCUGGGGGGCGCUGUGCUCCCCGCGUGGCCUCUUGGGAGCCGGAUCUGCCCUUCGCAGUCACAUUUGGCUUCUCUUCUCGGUACCCACGUGUGAACCUUCCCGGUGACUUCUUUUGAGCGAAAUGCCCAAAGUUAAGGCGGCCCGCGGGGCCAGAGAUCGGGAAAAACAUGCGCCUCUGGCGGAGCAGAUCCUGACUGCGGACGCAGUCCGGGAAGGGACCCGGGAAAAGCGGAGGGGCCGCGGGGCCCGAGAAGAGGAAGACUAUGUGGACCCCCAGCUGACCCGACGUAUUUUGCAACAAGCGCGGCAGCAGCAGGAGGAGCUGGAGACCGAGCACGGGCCUAGAAGCAAGCCCUCUGCUGCGAAGGAGCGCACCACGCGACUGGGUCCAGGAGUGCCCCAGGAUGAAUCGGAUGAGGAGUGGCCCACCCUGGAGAAGGCUGCCACAAUGUCAGGGGUGAGCCACCACGCAGAGGUGGUCGUGGAUGCUGAGGAUGAACGUGCUAUUGAGAUGUUCAUGAAUAAGAACCCUCCUGCCAGACGCACUCUAGCAGACGUCAUCAUGGAGAAGCUGACAGAGAAGCAGACGGAGGUUGAGACGGUCAUGUCUGAAGUGUCAGGCUUCCCUAUGCCCCAGCUGGACCCUAGGGUCCUGGAGGUCUACAAAGGAGUCCGGGAGGUGCUAUCCAAGUAUCGCAGUGGGAGACUGCCCAAGGCGUUCAAGGUCAUCCCGGUGCUCUCCAACUGGGAGCAGAUCCUGUACAUCACCGAUCCCUCCUCCUGGACGGCCGCUUCCAUGUACCAAGCCACCCGGAUUUUCACCUCUAACCUCAAGGAGCGCAUGGCCCAGCGCUUCUUCAACCUCGUGCUGCUGCCCCGGAUCCGUGAUGACAUCGCCGAAUACAAGCGGCUCAACUUCCACCUCUACCUGGCCCUCAAGAAGGCCCUGUUCAAGCCAGGCGCCUGGUUUAAAGGGAUCCUGCUCCCACUGUGCGAGUCCGGCACCUGCACACUCCGGGAAGCCAUCAUCGUGGGCAGCAUCAUGACCAAGUGCUCCAUCCCGGUGCUGCACGCCAGUGCCGCCAUGCUGAGACUCUCCGAGAUGGUAUACAGUGGUGCCAACAGCAUCUUCCUGCGGACGCUGCUGGAAAAGAAAUAUGCCCUGCCCUACCGGGUGCUCGAUGCCAUGGUCUUCCACUUUCUGAGCUUCCGGGCCGAGAAGCGCCAGCUGCCCGUGCUGUGGCACCAGUGCCUCCUGGCCCUGGCCCAGCGCUACAAGGCGGACCUGUCUGCCGACCAGAAGAAAGCCCUCCUGGAACUGCUCCGACUACAGCCCCAUCCCCAGGUGUCUCCCGAGAUCAGGCGUGAACUUCAGAGCGCAGUCCCCCGAGAUGUGGAAGAUGUCGCCCCCGCCAUCAUGGACUGAGAUGGAUUACUUGUCCUGGCCCUUGGGGGGGGGGGGCCCAGAUGGUGGCUAGAGGACACUCGGGACCUUUAGGCUGCACAUCAGGGGUGGGGUUGGGUUUGAGGGAUGUCCCACCAGUCCCCUUGCCAUUUGGGGUCCUGGUUCCUGUUCAGUUAUGAAAUAGGUCUUGACACCUCACCUCCCCAUGCCCCCCAAUGGCAGCCCCUGGACAUGCAUAAAGACUCGGGUAAAGCCAA